UGUGUGUGUGUGAAAUAGUUUGGCGGGGGAGGGGAUCGAUGGGGGGCACCAUCAGCGCGUGCCCACACCUUAGAAAACAAGUGGCCUCGUGUCAGCUUCACACCUCGGACCCGGCACGCGCUUUACAGACGGCGCCUCAUUGGCUGCUGAAGCAUGCAGCAGGGUGAUAAAUGCUAAACCAUAACCCGAGCCAUUUAAUGAUAAACAAAAGCCCCCAACUGUCUGGUGGUGGAGGUAUAAGGGAGGAGAAGGAGAUGGUGACCAAUGUCUCCUCGCACCUUAUUUUUAACAAGCGCGCGCACUCAACGUUUGGCGUCACCUUCGCACUGACACCUUUCUGAUUCUGCCCUCGGCGCGUGCCUUGACGAUUUAGCUAAAGGCGCGUGGGAACGUUACACACGCCAAAGAUACAACGUUACACACACCCUGAAGCCCAAACAUCUCACAGGUCAUUAACCAAUGCGCGAGUUUACUUUGCCGUCAGCGAUCACGUGACGAUGAAACCACUUCUCUUCAUGUUGGAGGCACAUCCCUCGACCCCAGGAUGGAGCUCAUCACCGUUUGUUUCCGAAAUACGGCGAUGGUGUUAACGAGACGUGUUAAGACCAUCACACGUUUAAAAGUGUGUGUCGAGGUGUGUGUGCUCUCACUGUUCAACAUACAGUUUCUAACAAACUCUGGCGUUGUUCUUACAAAGUUCGUCUCUUUGGGGAAAAGGAUAUUUACUUUAAAUCAUGGGGACUCCGAGAAUGUCCAGCCGCAGAGCAUCCAGAAGAGUUCUGAAGCCGGUGAUUGAGAAGAAAAGAAGAGAUCGGAUCAAUCAGCGAUUAGAUGAACUGAGAACUCUGCUCCUGGACAACACCCUGGACUCGAGAUUACAAAACCCUAAACUGGAGAAAGCAGAGAUUUUGGAACUCACAGUGGAGUACAUCAGGAAAAAGGCCACAAACACGAAGGAAAAUGCUGCAGAUUGCAGCAGAGAUCCAGGUGACCACGUCACCCCUGCACAGUCUACCGUGAGACCCCGUGUGCCCCUCGCAGGACUUCACGGUGGUCCUAACGUCCAUGGCCUUGCCCCCAGCAGCCCGCUCUACACAGCCGGCUUCCAGGAGUGCAUCUCUCGGCUGACCAGCUUCAUCGAUUGUGUGGAUCUGUCUCAGCGCGAGAACUUUAUCCAGGGCCUUCGCCAUCACCUGCAGUCGCACACCGAUGCCCUUUCGCAUGUCAGAGGUCACGGGAAGACUCACACGUGGGUCACGGGCGACCCCCGAGCGAACACGGAGUCCUUCUCUUUUGCUAACGGGUUGUAUCCUAAUUCAUUCGUCCUGCAUCACCCGUAUCCAUCUCCUCCAUACUCUCUGUCCCCUCCUCCCUCGCCCUGCUACUCCUCUUCCUCUCCCACGUAUCUCUCCGUCCCCUGCCACUUCCACUUCCCUACAUCCGUCUCUCCUCUCUCCGACUCCUCCUUGUCCUCCUCGUCUGUCAGUUCCUCCACUUCGGCAGUUUCAGCGAGCUUAGCACCGGCCACACAGGCUCCUCCACGACCUCUGACCCCUCCCUGCAUUGCGGCCCAGCAUUCUCUGAGGCGAGAGCUCUUCCCGAGUCACACACACGGCAUCUGGAGGCCGUGGUGAGCCCAUACACACACACACACACAGAGGACUACUGUAAUAAACAUACCACGGCUGGGUCUUAUAAAAAGUCCCCUCAUUGUGGCCAGGUUUCAUCUCAUUGCCGAGGACGUAGUGAGAUUGCGAGUUGUGAGGAACACAAGUUUAUAUCUGUGACAUUUUCCCUCAAAUAAUCUCCAUUGUUUUCUUAAAGCUGAUCUAUUCCACCUGUCUUUCUCUCUAUUAUAUACAGAUCCUGUAAAUAUAUUUAUUUUUCUUUGUAAUGUACAGCCAUGAAAAUUUAUUGUACGGUUUAACUAAUAAAAGCUCUA